AUGAGCGCCCUGGCCACGUCGGCGCCCAACGCGUCCUGGGGGGCGCUGGCCAACGCCUCGGACGGCCCGGACCCCGAGCCGCGGCCCGUGGACGCCUGGCUCGUGCCGCUGUUCUUCGCCGCGCUGAUGCUGCUCGGCCUGGCAGGGAACUCUCUUGUCAUUUUCGUCAUCUGCCGCCACAAGCAGAUGCGGACGGUGACCAACUUUUACAUAGCCAACUUGGCGGCCACGGACGUGACCUUCCUGUUGUGCUGCGUGCCCUUCACGGCCUUGCUCUACCCGCUGCCCGCCUGGGUGCUGGGCGACUUCAUGUGCAAGUUCGUCAACUACAUGCAGCAGGUCUCGGUUCAGGCCACGUGCGCCACUCUGACCGCCAUGAGCGUGGACCGCUGGUACGUGACCGUGUUCCCACUGCGCGCCCUGCGCCGCCGCACGCCCCGCCUGGCUCUGGCCGUCAGCCUCGGCAUCUGGGUGGGCUCUGCGGCCGUGUCGGCGCCAGUGCUCGCUCUGCACAGCCUGUCGCCGGGGCCCCGCACCUACUGCAGUGAGGUCUUCCCCAGCCGCGCCCUCGAGCGCGCCUUCGCUCUCUACAACCUGCUGGCGCUCUACCUGCUGCCGCUGGCCGCCACCUGCGCCUGCUACGGGGCCAUGCUGCGCCACCUGGGCCGCACGGCCGUGCGCUCCGCGGCCGCCGACAGCGCGCUGCAGGGGCAGCUGGGGGCAGAGCGAGCUGGCGCCGUGCGGGCCAGGGUCUCCAGGCUGGUGGCCGCUGUGGUCCUGCUCUUCGCGGCCUGCUGGGGCCCCAUCCAGCUGUUCCUGGUGCUGCAGGCGGUGGGCCCAGCGGGCGCCUGGCACCCCCGCAGCUACGCCGCUUACGCGCUCAAGAUCUGGGCACACUGCAUGUCCUACAGCAACUCGGCGCUGAAUCCGCUGCUCUACGCAUUCCUGGGCUCCCACUUCCGUCAGGCCUUCCUCAGGGUCUGCCCCUGCGCUCCCCGGCGGCCCCCGCAGCACCGGGGGUCUGGACCCUCAGACCCCACCGCCCCCCACACGGAGUUGCACCGCCUGGCCGCCCACCCGGCAACCGCCAGGACCCAGACGCCAGGGAGCCGGGCGUGUGUCCCGAGGGAGCCCACCGGCUGUGUGUCCUGA